GCGGCCACCCUGGCCAUGGAGGACCGCAACGCACACUCAGCAGCCAGCAUCCUGGCCUCCGUGAAGGAGCAGGAGGCGCGCUUCGAGAGGCUGACGCGGGCGCUGGAGCAGGAGCGGCGCCAUGUUGCACUACAGCUGGAGCGCGCCCAGCAGCCCAGCAUGAACAGCGGUGGCACAGGCUGUGGGCAGCCCUUGCCAAUGGCCUGGCAGCAACUGGUCCUGCAGGAGCAGAGCCCAGGCAGCCAGGCCUCGCUGGCCACAAUGCCGGAGGCGCCCGAGGUGCUGGAGGAGACGGUGACGGUGGAGGAAGACCCUGGCACACCCACCUCCCAUGUGUCCAUUGUCACAUCUGAAGAUGGCACGACCCGGCGCACAGAAACCAAGGUCACUAAAACGGUCAAGACAGUGACCACACGGACAGUGCGCCAGGUGCCUGUGGGCCUGGAUGGCCUCCCACUGCUGGAUGGGGGUCCCCCGCUGGGCCCCUUCGCUGAUGGCCCCCUGGACCAGCACUUCUUGCUGCGUGGCAGCGGCCCCGCGGCCACGCUCUCCCGUGCCUACCUGGGUGGGGGGGGUGGCUUUCCUGACGGCCCUGAGCCACGUGACGGGCCCAGCUACGGCAGCUUGUCCCGUGGGCUGGGCGUGCGGCCCCCCCGCGGUGGUCCCCUUGGUCCAGGCCCCUGCGAUGGCUGUUUUACGCUGCCAGGCCGCCGUGAGGCUUUCCCAGCAGGCCCUGAGCCUGUGCUGCCAGGCGGCCGCUCCCUGCCCGAGCGCUUCCAGGCAGAGCCGUAUGGUUUAGAGGAUGACACGCGCAGCCUGGCCGCGGACGACGAGGGUGGCCCUGAGCUGGAGCCCGAGUACGGCACAGCCACGCGGCGGAGGCCUGACUGCGGCAGGGGCCCUCGCACGAGGCCCUACGAGGACGUAGUGGAAGAUGCCAGCGAGCUGCUGGAUGAGCGGCCUCCGUUCCCGACAGUGACGGCGCCCCUGGCGCAGCCUGAACGAGGCAGCCUGGGCAGCCUGGACCGGGUGGUGCGGCGGUCACCCUCAGUCGACAGUGCCCGCAAGGAGCCGCGCUGGCGGGACCCCGAGCUGCCUGAGGUGCUGGCCAUGCUGCGGCACCCGGUGGACCCUGUGAAGGCAAACGCGGCCGCCUACCUGCAGCACCUGUGCUUUGAGAAUGAGGGUGUUAAGCGUCGCGUGCGGCAGCUGCGGGGGCUGCCGCUGCUUGUGGCGCUGUUGGACCACCCACGGGCAGAGGUUCGGCGCCGGGCCUGUGGGGCACUGCGCAACCUGUCCUAUGGCCGGGACACAGACAACAAGGCCGCUAUCCGGGACUGUGGUGGCGUGCCUGCCCUGGUGCGCCUGCUGCGGGCCGCCCGGGACAACGAGGUUCGUGAGCUGGUCACAGGCACGCUCUGGAACCUGUCGUCCUACGAGCCCCUGAAAAUGGUCAUCAUCGACCAUGGCCUGCAGACGUUGACUCACGAGGUCAUUGUGCCUCACUCAGGCUGGGAGCAGGAGCCCAAUGAGGACUCAAAGCCACGGGAUGCUGAGUGGACCACUGUCUUCAAGAACACAUCAGGCUGCUUGAGGAAUGUGAGCUCGGAUGGCGCGGAGGCCCGGCGGCGCCUCCGCGAGUGUGAAGGGUUAGUGGAUGCACUCCUGCACGCACUGCAGUCAGCUGUGAGCAGGAAGGACACGGACAAUAAGUCAGUGGAGAACUGUGUGUGCAUCGUGCGGAACCUGUCCUAUCAUGUGCACAAAGAGGUACCUGGCGCCGAAAGGUACCAGGAGUCUGAGCCCGGGCCCCCGGGCGGUGCUACGAGCUCCCAGCGCAGGAGGCGGGAUGAUGCAGGCUGCUUCGGAGGCAAGAAGGCCAAAGAGGAGUGGUUCCAUCAAGGGAAAAAGGACAGUGAGAUGGACCGGAACUUUGACACGCUGGAUCUGCCCAAGCGAACCGAGGCUGCCAAAGGCUUUGAGCUGCUGUACCAGCCCGAGGUGGUACGACUCUACCUCUCUCUCCUCACGGAGAGCCGGAACUUCAAUACUUUGGAGGCUGCCGCAGGCGCCUUGCAGAACCUCAGCGCUGGCAACUGGACGUGGGCCACGUACAUCCGCGCCACUGUGCGCAAGGAGCGCGGGUUGCCCGUGCUGGUGGAGCUGCUGCAGUCGGAAACCGACAAGGUGGUGCGCGCCGUCGCCAUUGCCCUACGCAAUCUCUCGUUGGACCGGCGCAACAAGGACCUCAUCGGGAGCUACGCCAUGGCGGAGCUGGUGCGGAAUGUGCGCAAUGCGCAGGCGCCGGCACGACUUGGGGCACAUCUGGAGGAGGACACGGUGGUGGCUGUGCUCAACACCAUCCAUGAGAUCGUGUCCGACAGCCCGGACAACGCGCGCUCGCUGCUGCAGGCCCGCGGCGUGCCUGCGCUGGUGGCACUCGGGGCAGCCAGCCAGUCGGCGCGGGAGGCGAAGGCGGCCUCGCACGUGCUGCAGACGGUGUGGAGCUACAAGGAACUGCGAGGUGCUCUGCAGAAGGAGGGCUGGACCAAGGCCCGCUUCCAGUCAGCUGCUGCCGCUGCCAAAGGACCCAAAGGAACACCAAGUCCAGGGGGUUUUGACGAUAGCACGCUGCCGCUGGUGGAGAAGAGUGUGGAUGGGGAGAAGCCAGGGAGCCGGGAUGUGAUCCCCAUGGAUGCGUUGGGUCCAGAUGGGUACUCCACCAUCGACCGGCCAGGCCGAAGGUCCCGGGGCAGUGAACCUUCAGGAGAGGUCUUCCAGAAGGAGCCCUUGAAACCCGACCCUGGCAGGAAUGCCCCUCCUCCUGGUCCCAGCAGGGCCACGGUCAGGCUGGUGGAUGCCGUGGGGGACGCUAAGCCUCAGCCCGUUGACUCCUGGGUCUAG